AUGCAGCGGCGGGCAAUGGGAACUACCGUGCUCGUGGGGGGGGCCCCUGGUGCUUGGUCGCAGGGGUGUGAAGUGGUGAAGGGGGGAGGGAGUGCUAAACUUGUCCAGACUGCAGGGGCAAAAAAGAGGAAAGAAAAGAAAGAAAAAAAAACACCGCCCUGGCAGCUGGAAGGUGGUCGUCGCCUGUCGCACACACAACACCGCUCACCCAGCGCGUUCGAGGGCAGAAAUCUUCAGCAUAGAAGAGGCAUCCAAAGUUUGCCAGUCAUACCAUCCCCCGAACGGGCGGCUGCGUUCGUUUGCAUCGUUGGAUCGUUGGAUCGUUGGAUCGCGGGAAGAGCAAGGCGGAGAGUCACAGCUGCCGCCCGUUGGGGAGGCAUCGUAGACGCACAAACAGCCGAAUGGGCCGUGGUCGUGACCAUGGUUCAGGCCAGGCCCAUGGCCACUCGCGAGUCAGUCCUCUCAAGACUCUGUCCUUUGUCUUUCCCGUCUGGUCGAUGCGGCCUGAUGGGCCUGGUUACGAUACGGUUACAUGCUCUAGAGUACUCCAGCGUUGUAACUGGGUACAGUAAUCUGUACUCUGAUAGAGUGCUGUGCUGCCAUCUAUCGUACUUGGAUCCAAACAGCUCAGCCGCCGUAGAAGCUUUGCUAUCCCCUUUGGACAACCCUUCCCUACUCAGUACGGUGCUAUACUGUACUACUGUAUCUAGUACAGUAUGUAGGGUGACAGCGCCCCCAGUGCCACCGGGCGGGUCUUCUAGAAUGCCCCUCCCCCUUCCCUUCCAGAAACGCACGACAGUAGUCUCCCAUGACGAAUACGUACAUAAUAGGCACAUUUUGUAUUACCAUGCUGGACAUGGAAUACGACGACACCAAGUCGUCAGGAGCAGGCUUGCCGAGGAGAAGAGCCAAGUGGCAAGCCUAUUCUGGAUCAUCAGAUCAUCAUUCUUAUUCGACCUCCGCUCACAAACGCCAACGGCCGGGUUGGGCAUGAAGAGGAAUCCCGUCAUCUGCCGUGCACCUGCAUCGCUGAAUCGCUGA